UGUCACAACACUCUAAAUUAUGAUGAAUCGUUCUUGGUACCUCGUCUGUCUUGUAUGUGUAAGUCUGAUGCUCGUGGUGCAUCAUGCCUCUUCUCAAGAUUCCAAUUCAGAUUCUCUUUCAGAGAGCAGCUUUUCUUCAGGACUCCUUUCAACUUGUUAUUAUCUUGGAGUGCCGUAUCUGCACUCCGAAGUGUGGGACGUUCACGAAUGCAUGACCUGCACAUGUACAAACGGCACUAUUAGUUGCGCUAUUGAAACUUGUUCGAGUAGAAAAUAUGGGAUUUUCUGCGUCGAACCCGUUAGACCGCCAGGAGACUGCUGCUAUAUCUGCCCGUACGACGUGACCGUGCGUAAAGUCAAACCCACCAUACAAAGUAACGUGACAACUAACGGUCACACAACACUGGUUCUUGCGGUAGACGUCAUAUUUAGAUAUACCAGUAGUACGACAGGAGUGAUAGGCGAAUCUCUCUGGCAGUUGUCUGCCUGGAUUGCUCCUGUAAAUCCUACUCACAGUCACACAAUAGGUUACACCGAGCAAGUUCUCAAUGAUGAUCAAGCAUCGCAGAGCUACAUCGAAGGAGAUCAAUUCAUCUUUCGGGACGUCGUGUAUCCGUUCGUUGCUCCCACUUUUAACUGCGACGAGGCCAAGGUCUGUGUUGAGCUUAAACGCGGAAGAAAUGCAGUAACAACACGUCCUUUCCGUUUUAGCAGUUACCCACAAAGCUCUACACCGUUGAUUGGCUGCAUUUCACUAUGUGCUGGUAGGAAGUAGGUCAGAGGCCCGGGGUGAAGGGGAGACUGGCAGGGAAUGGGGAGGUUACAAGGCUUAAAGGAUGGGUUAAAUAGUCGGACCUCACCAUACUAUUAAUGUAAAAAUUGUGUACAAGGGCAUGAGCGGUUCUACAUUAUAAUUUGGUGAGGAGGCUUAGGGUUCUUGCAUUAAAUUUCUACACUUUUUUCGGAAGAAAUUCGAAAUCCCGACAGAUUGUGAUGUCUACCAAACGAUUUCGACACAAUAAUUCUAUCGAAUUUUAUAGUAAUUUUACGGAAGGAUUUCUGUGUCAUUUAUUUCUUUUCAAAAUAAUUGUAUUGAAAACGAAGCCACUCCACAAAAUAGACCACUUCGUAGUUGUUACUACAUGAGAUGACUCCAAAUUUCUAUAGAUCUUUUAGUAGUAUUCCUUUCGUGCAUUUUAGUAUAAUCACUGUCAAAGUCAUAAAUGUACAUCAUGAAUAUCUUAUGUUUGCUGUAUUGAGAAUAAUAAUUCCAACAGUGUUCCAUAGAAAUUGUCAUCGGUGCAUAAACGUUUGAUAAAUACAGAACUUUAAUCAAUAGGUUUAACAUUUUUGGUAAAAAUGACAUUCAUAUGCCAAUGUGCAGAUUAUAUCCCAAAACUGGCCUAUAUGCCAAGGACACUUUUUCAAGUCGUGAUAUACUCAAUAUAGUAAGAGUAAACAUGUCAACAAGAUGGGUUUAAUCAAAUUCGCAUUUGGUCAUUGCAAUCGUUCAUAAGAGCCAAUGGUUGAUUCAUUGGGCACCGGGGACACGUGCCCCUCACCCUCCCCAAGUGAAGGGAGAAAAAAAAAUAGAAUAGUCAUUGGCCGAUAAUAUUUUGUUGGUGUGUGCUUGUAAGAGGCUUUUUGAACUUGUUUCAUCACUUAUAUGAUCAUAAUUGGGUUUCAUAUCGAUAUUACCAUUAAUAAUACAUAUCCGUCUUGCGCAUGCGUUGUAUACGUCUGAAGAAGUGUAAAAACAAAUACUAAAAGUAGUAGAAAAUUUAUUUCCUUUUUAUCCCUCACAAUUCUUUUAACAACUUUAAAAAAGAAGAUAGUUGGUAGCUUAUAUUUAGCAUUCGUCGUAUGGAUGUAGGAUGUUUCUUUCCUUGGGACCUAGUGACGAGUAACUCCAUUAAGUACUUGGAAUUAAUAAUGAAUGAACUUAAAUACUCGGAAUACAGUCGGCAUAUCUUAUUUAUUGCUAUGUCGGGCAAACGUGGGGCAAGUUUUCAGGUUGUCAAGAACAACCUAUGUUUGAAAGUAUGCACAAAAUGUGAAUAUAAUAACUUGAUAAAGGACUUCGCAUCUUACGUCACGUUAUCAAAAAAGGGAGAUGCAUGCCCAUGUCGUGCUGAGAAACUUUGCAUUUUGCUAAGUUUAUACUUCUCUCAUACACUUUGGUUGGAAAUCUUAUAGAUUAGUAGGCAAGAAUACAAUAAAUAUCUUAAGUUAUUUCCCAGGGAUAGGUUUCCUUUAACCAUUAAAGCUUCCUGCUUUAACGUAGUACCUGUGUUUAUUUUUAUUUAAUUUCUUCAUAUUUCCAAAGACAGUUCUUUUCACUGUAAAAAGCCUGCUUUUAUUUUCUGUUAAUCGAUUUUAAGGGACCUAUAUUUAAAAGUACAGUAUAAGAUGUUCAAAUAGUGAAUUUAUUAUAUAAUAUUUCACGAUAUAAAACUACGAAGGUAUGAGCAGUGCACAAUAUUCCUUAGGAGAUAUUGAAGUUUAAAUGACUUGUUAUAUCAAUCUUUUGAAUACCUUUCAACAAAUUAUAUUUGUAUAGCAAAAAUCAUAUCCUUGAGGUGUGUAGGUAUUUUUGUAGUUUUAUCUAUACCAAUAGCGCCUGUAUUUUAACCAAGAUAAAUCUUUUUCAUCAAAAUUACGUUUUAUAUCAAUGUAAAGCAUUAUGACAUAUCGGAAUAAAAUCACAGAGAGAUGAGGUUA